AUGGCCGAAGAAAGGAAUACAAUAAAGAUAAAAAUAAAAAGCAUAAACAAUGAAGAAUAUGAACUAAAUGUAAAAGAUGAUAUGAAUAUAGAAGAAUUAAAAAGUAUAAUUGCUGAAAAGAGAAAUGUUAAUAUAAACGAUAUAAGAUUAAUAUAUCAAGGACAAUGUUUAUUAAAUGAAAAAAAAUUAUAUGAUUAUAAUAUACAGAAUGAUCAUAUAAUACAUUUAGUUGUUAGAAAAAAGGAUAAUAAUACAAACAAUAAUAAUAAUAAUAGUAAUAAUAAUGCAGAACAUGUUAAUGAUAAUAUGAACAAUAAUAGGACUUAUGAACAUGUGAAUGAACCAUUAAAUUUUAAUUUUAUACCUAAUAUGAAUCAGCCAAAUAAUGGAAACCAAGCAAAUAAUAAUAAUAUACCAAACAGUUCAUCUAUACCAUUUUAUUUUACGCAUAUGAGAUUAUCAAGAAAUGAUAAUAUGGAAAAUGAUUUGAUGGGACAAAAUAAUAUAUGCUCAUUAUUAAAUGAUAUAAUGAGUCAAGUUAAUAUAAACCCAAAUUUUAUUUAUGGAGCAGCAGCUGCUGCAGCUACUAGUGCAGCAAAUGCACAUGAAAAUAUAUUUACUAAUAUGAUGAACCAGAAUAUGACAGAUAUGAAUAUGAAUUCUAAUCAGAGAAGGGAAAACACCGGAGAAAAGAACAAUACAACAACAACUAAUAAUAAUAAUAAUAAUAAUAAUAAUAAUAAUAAUAGUGGUUAUAAUAAUAAUAAUAGUGGUUAUAAUAAUAAUAAUAGUGGUCAUUAUAAUAUUUAUGAAGAAGAAAAGAACCAACAUAAACAAAAUACAGAAACUUCACUAAACAAAGACAAUCGUGGAAGUAGUAAUAGUACAUCCAAUUUUAUUCAAAACGGAAAGAAAGAUAAUAAACAAAGAAAUGUAAAAGAAGAAGAAAUUCUAGAAGAAGAAAAAUCUACCAAUCAACGAGAUUAUUAUAAAGAUAACAAAAACGAUACAAAAAUUUAUGAUGAAGAACAAGAUGAUAAACACAAAGAUAAUUUCCAUAAUAAGAACUCUGUUGACCUACAUAGAAACAAAUAUGAGAGAGAUGAUACAAAAUAUGAGAGUGAUGAAAAAAAAUAUAAAAGUGAUGAGAAAAAAUUAGAAAAUUAUGAUGAAAAAGAAAAUUUAGAAAAAAAACAAAAAAGAAAAAAUAAAGUUAAUGAUAAAAAAAUAUAUCAAAAAAAUGAAAUACGUGCAAAACAUGAAUACAAUUCGAAUAAUUCUGGAAGUAGUUCAGAUGGGAAAAAAUCAAAUAGUUCAUAUUCAGCUUUGUAUACUAGUAAUAAUGAAGAGGAACAGGAAGAUGAAGAUGAAGAUGAAAAUGAAGAUGAAGAUGAAAAUGAAGAUGAAGAUGAAAAUGAAGAUGAAGAUGAGGAAGAUGUAGAAAAUGAACAAAAUAAAAAAUAUAAUGAUCUGAAAAAAAAAAAAAAAAUAAAAAUCACAAAUAAACAUAAAAAGAAAAAAUAUUAUGAUUCCAAUAGUAGCAUAUCUCCUAAUGAAGAUGCUUAUGUUGAAAGAAUUAGAAGAGAUGAUCGAUUCAGAAAUGAAUAUGAUAAUUUAUUAGAACCAAAUUUUCAUUAUCCAUAUAUGUAUAAUAUGAACCCAAUGAAUCAUGUAAAUAAUAUGAAUAUGGUAGGUCCAUAUCAAGCACCACAUAAAUUCGUUCAUAAUAAUAAUUUCAGCAAAUAUACGUAUCCAUUCAUAGGAGCUCCUACAAUAAUAAAAGACUUGAAGAAUGAAAGGAAUAAAAAGAAGAAAAGUAAACAUAUUUAUCAAAGAGAUGACGUCAGCGAAAUAUGUGAUAAUGAGAAAGAUAUUAAAUUAGAGGAUUAUUUAAAAAGUAAAGAGAUGAAAAAAAAGAAAAAAGAUGAAAAAAAAAGCAAAGAGAAAAAUGAAAACAAAAAAAAAGAUAAUAUCAAAGAUAAUAUGAAAAAUAAAAAACAUAGAGAACAUUUUAUGAAAAAUAUAUACAAUAACAAUACAGUAGAUCUUAAUAAUAGUAAUAAUAUAUAUAAUCCAAAUAUAGCUACAUCAAAAAAUAUUGUGGAUAUGUCGAAUUUAAUAAAAAAUUCGAAUGAAUGUUAUUCUGGAGGUAUAGAGGAUAGCUAUUUUUCAAAAAAUAAUUAUGCUAAUAUCGUACCAUUUAAUGAUAUAGAAAGAAAUAACCAAUUGAUUAGAAACGAUUCAUUAAGAAGAAAUUCAAGAAUUGUUUUUAAUGAUGAAAAUAUAGAAGAUGGAGAUUAUUUAUCAUCAGAAAACUCAGUGUCUGCAAAUAUGAGAUCUAUACAAAUGACUAGUAAUAAUAGAAGAAAUAGUGCUAUAAGAAGAAGUCAUAUGAAAUGUUUAAAUGAUGUUAAUGAUUCUGAAUAUAACAAUGUUGAAAUAAAUAUUCCUUGGAGAGUUAUAGAACAAUUAUUAUUAUUAUUAGAAGAAGAAACAGGAUAUAGAAGACCAGAUUUAUCAUCAUAUAUACAUUCCUAUUAUAAUUCUAAUUCUAUAUAUGUAUUUUUUUAUUUGUUUGUGCAUAUUAAUAAUAUAAUUAAUAGUAUUAUAAUACAAUUUAAUCAUGCAAAUAUACUUAAUAAUGAUAUAACUAUGGCAUCUUUUUCGAGAAUUAGUUUAAUUUUAUCCUUAGCAUCGGUUAUAUUUUCUAGAUUAUCAAAUUUUUUCUAUGUUUUUUAUGAUAAUUUCUAUUAUCAAAAUUUUACGAAUUCAUAUAAUAGAUAUCCAGGAUCUAUAAAUCAUGAAUUCUUGAGACAAAUAAGAAAUUUGUAUUUUUCUAAUAACAACAAUAAUCGUAUGCAUAAUAAUAUGAAUACUAAUUUUUAUAGUUAUAAUAAUGAUCCUAUAUAUAGAAAUAAUAAUAUGCAUGGUAUGAAUCAACCUAUUAAUAAUAAUAAUAAUUAUUAUUAUCCUAAUCAAUUUUUUAGAAAUAGCACAUAUCAUAAUAGUACUAGUAAUAUGAAUAUAAAUGCUGAUAUGUAUGGUAGUACAAAUAAUGUUAAUAAUAAUGCGAAUCGAAAUAAUUAUUAUCCUCUACCAUAUGAUAUAAGAAAUAGUGCGAAUCGUACCAACUUACAACAAGAAUUUGAAGAUUAUUAUAAAAACUUUUUACCAUACGUUUCUGAUAAUAAAAAUAUGAUCCUUAGAAGAGAUUAUUCAGUAAGUCACAAAGAAGGAGGAAAUAAUUAUCAUAUCAAUGGAAAAGAAGAUAAUUAUAGAAGUAGUAGAGCUCACAAAUUAUCAAAUCAUGAUAAUUAUAUGGAAAGAUAUAAAACACGAGGUAAACAAAGUAUGCAUGAUAACAUCAAUGAAAAUGAUCACAACAAUGAAUAUAAUAAUAAUAAUAAUAAUAAUAAUAAUGAAUAUGAUAAUAAUAAUAAUAACCCUUUUGUGCAGUUAGAUAAACAAGGAGGAAAACGUUUAUCACAUAAAAGCCAUAAAAAAACAAAUGAUGAUAAUGAUAAAGACAAAAAAAAAAAAAAUCAUCAUAAAAAAAAAAGUUCAAAUGAAAAUAAUUUAUUUAAAGAUACUAAUUCUUAUAAAAGUAAAAGUGCAAGCCAUAGUUUUAGUGAUGCAACAAGUAGUCAUCAAGAAAAACAAGAAAAAAAGAAUAAUCUGCAUAAUGAAAAUGCAUCAAAUAAAUUAAACGAAAAUACAGGUAAUGAUGCAGAUCAUAUACAAAAUGAAGAUAAUAAAAUGUCUAGUCAAAAUAACGAAAUAAUUAAUAAUAAUAAAAAUGAUACAAAUGUUGAAGAGAAAGGAAAUGUAAAUGAUGACUUUGUAAAUGAUAAUUUCAUUUAUUAUGAUAGUAAUAUAGAUGAUAUAUAUGACAAAUCUGAUGAAGAAAAAGAAAGACAAUUACAAAAAGGAGAAAAUAACAAAGGUUAUGUAGUAGAACCCGACGAUGAUGAUGAUUAUGAUAAUAAUAAUGAUAAUAAUAAUAAUGAUAAUAAUAAUAAUAAUAAUAUGAAUAGUUAUGAAGAAAGACAAAACACACCUAUUAAUGCAGGCUUAAAUAUAGUAAAUAAUAUUAUAAAUAAUCAAUAUGAUAAUGUAAAUAUUAUUGAAAAUCAAAGUGACAUAUCUCAACCCCCUAUGCCAAAUAUUAAUUUUUCAAGCCUUUUGAAUAGUGUACAAAACCAUAUGGCUAAUAAUGACAUUAAUGAGGAGCAGCCAAAUGAUAAGUUUGAAGGAGUUCCCGAUGAAGUAAAAGAGAGAUACACAAACUGGGUUGAGAAUUCUCACAUUUUUUCGGGACAGAUGAUAAAAAUUUGUAGGAACAAGAGGCCAUUGAGCAAUGCAUACGUUGGAAGUAAUGCUUCAAAGGAUAAUAUAUCGUAUAGUAAUUUCUUACCCUUUUUAUGGAAAAAAAAUAUGAGUUCAUUAAAUGUUGAAUAUGAUUUGGAAAUAACUGAUGAAUUAUUAAAUGCCUUUGAUUUUCACGUACUUGAAUUUAUAAAAAAAUCUAUUAAGAAUAAUGAAGAUUAUAAAAGUGAGAAAUUUAAAUAUCCAAAUCUUUCUCUUUGUGAAGAAUUAUUUGAAGAAAUGGAACAAAAUAAGGACAACUGA